AUGAAACCUUUGAACUCCUCAAAAUCUCAUCGUCUCCUUGAUCUCGUUCCAUCGGUGAAGCCAUCGGUUGUUUCCGUGGUAUUAGUUUUUGUCUGCGGGAUUCUCUGGGUGAGGAACGAAACAACAAACGAACGACUCAUCGCACUAGAAUCUCGCCUUCACUGUUUUUCCUGUGUUAAGAGCAUCUCGACUGAAAAUCUUAACAAGAUGACUCCUUCGCCGAAAAAACAUAGCGCAAAAUAUCAUCACAAGAAUAUACGGACAUCUAUUUCAGAAGGGAUCGGCUAUACCUCAGGUAAGGUACAGUUUAUCUUGUCCUACGGGUGACGUUCAGACAUAAAUUAAUCAGUUUAAAUUUUGUCCUGGGCUCUUCCUUCCGGACAAACCUCUCGGAGAGGUUUCUUCCGGUUUCAGCUUUUUUUCGGUAAUGCACGCUACAUAAGAACGUCUAUAUAAAAUAUUCUGCAUAUAAAUAACUCUGCAUUAGUUUUUGACCGGGUUGUUAUUACAGUCAACUCUCUCUAGGACGGACACCUUUGGGACCGAUACUAUCCCUGAUUGAGUGUAGAUGUCCGGCUUAGAGAGACCUCCGUCUUAAAAAAUAGAGUAGAGGGUUAAAGAAAAGCAGGGACCGACUCUGAGUGUCAGUUUUACAGAGGUGUCAGUCACUAUAGAGGUUUCCGUCCAGAGAGAGCCGACUGUAUGAUCACGGAGGACCUCCUAGGCAAGUAAAAACCAAUGAAGAGAGUCUCGCUGUAAACGAUAAUUAUAGAACUUUUGGGUGGUCAGAAAAUUCCUUUUCAUCCCCCUUUCAAUCGCCUGGCACGCAUUGCAUAGUUUUCAUUGAUGAAUAAGGGGUGGAUUACCCUGGUGACAAUUUUGUGUAUAUUCAUAAUUAAUUCGGAGGGGCGGGGGGGAGGGGGCAGGAACGAAGUAGAAAAAAAUAUAUAUUUACGCUGGGAAAAUUAAAUGAAAAAUAUUCAUGCAUGUAUUCAUGGGGGGCGGGAACGAAGUAGAAAAAAAUAUAUAUUUACGCUGGGAAAAUUAAAUGAAAAAUAUUCAUGCACGCCAAAUAACUAUAAAUAAAAUAUUCAUGCAAAAGCCGGACCUAAAAAAUUCAUACGAAGGAAGUGUUUUAGUAAAACAUUCGUGCGGCUCGAAAAUUCCCCACCUUCCACAUAACUUUUCUUGACUAAUGGUCCGUCCCUAAAACUAUAGAUUUUGACGACGUGGGAGAUUCAAUGACCCGCUCAGUGCAAUGUAUAUCCAAAUCAUCUGAACAGACUCAAAAGAGUAGAAAUAUUGCAUCACCUUAAAUCGCAGUCCAUAUUUUCUGAUGCUUCCCAAAUGGACUGACGCAAACCAUUUGAUUGUCCAACCGGAUUUUCCGGUAUUCCCAUGUAAAUGUAAAGGAGUCAGGGUUUACUUUGAGGCUUUGUGGAUGAUGGGAUCGAAGGUCACUAAAGCGCGCUGGAUUUAUAACUGAAUUAACUAAACAUUGACUGCGAGGGACAAAGUUUGGAAACAAGGACAUUUCAAGUGAAAGAAAAAUAAUAUUAAUAAUAACUGAGAAGAGGAUCGACAGCCUCGUUUAGACGUUCCUUAUUUCCUGAGCUUUGACGCAGAUCGACGCCUAUUCCCUGCACAAACAAUGCCCACUCUGUGAUGGUGUACGUUUACUAACCCCGGUAAACCGAAUGAACCUGUUUUAUUCAUUUAAUAUUUCACUAAUCCAGCUAGUUAUUAGAAUUUCUAAAUUAUAUUUUUUGCUACAGUCGUACCGUUGUCAAGAAUGCCAACAACCAUCCGUCCAAGAAAACGAAGACACGUUUUAAAAGACACUUCAGUUAGCAUCACGAUACAUGACGUGAGAAAGGAAAUCACCAAACAGUUUAAACAACUUAUGCCCCUCAAGUACUGUAAGUCAAGUGAAAAGGUCUGUCCUGCAGGUCCCCCCGGACUCCCUGGUACCACUGGGGCAAAAGGACCACGUGGCAGGAGGGGACAAAAGGGAAAGAAAGGGCCUCAAGGUCCGAUGGGACCACCUGGAAAAUCCGGAAAAACAGGAAUGACGGGGCCUGCGGGACCGACAGGAGAAAAGGGAGACAAGGGAGAACCCGGAGAAAAAGGCAUGCCGGGACCGCCUGGAAGUCCUGGGAAAUCGAUAUCUGCACCACAAGUAAUGUUGUCACCGGCAAAACAGACAAGGGAUGAAGGAGGAGAUUCGACUUUUUAUUGCACAGUUGCAGGAAAUCCUCCCCCUGCGGUCGAAUGGCGAUUCAUGGGUAGAAAGCUUGUGACAGGUGCAAAGUAUUUUAUUAAAGUAGGAGAGUUGGUCGUUAGAAAUCUGAACUACAGCGAUGCUGGACAGUACACGUGUCAUGCCAGGAACAUUCUUGGAUCAUCUGAGGCCACUGGUAACUUGUCUGUUCGAGGUAAGAGGUGCAUAAAACAUCUGAAGUUAUGUUGUUAUAUCACGUUACUUGAUUGUCUAAUUUAUACUGUAUGCUCCAUAAUGUGCUUCAAGGGCGUGGAUUGAGAAGCACCAUUGUUUAAUCUUGCAAUUUUAUCAUUACCUUCUCUUUAAUUUCAUUCAUGUAUAAAAUUUCCUUAAUUUUUUUUUGUUCAUCGCCCAGAAUUAGGCGACAUGCGCCCGAGACUUUUUUCUUGCUUGUUUGCGCGAAUAAUAAGACCAACGCUUGAAGGGUAAGACCGACGAGAUAGUGAUAAUGAUGAUGAUGAUGAUGAUGAGUACUUACGUGGUUUUGUGUCUGGAAACCCAGGGCAAAAUAACUAUACACACCAAGUGUUCGAAUCCCAUAUGUUGACUAAAGCAUAUUUAGGUUUUACUUUAAACCAUCAGCAGACGACUAGCUUCGAUUUCAGAACUAGAUUGAAGAGACCACCUAACGUGAAGCAGUCUAUAAUAACUCAGGACUCAAAGCUAGCCGUGGACAUUUCUUAUUCAAAUGAGAAGCCUCUUUAGCUGAGAAUCCGCGCGCGUCCCUUCUGUUGUUAUAUGUCGGUUCAAGGUUUCAAGGUUUGUUCAUAGUGGAAAGUACAUUUCGCUUAUCCAGCUACUUUAAAGGCACAGCAUUCAAUAAAUAAUUAGAAACAACUAAUAAAAUAACUUUAUAACAGUAACAGGAUUAAAAACCUCAGCUAGCGCCGGAGAAAGGCAACUUACAGGGUUUGCCAUUUACAAGCGUCCCGGGGGAUUUGAACUUGGGACGCGACCCGAGAACAAAUCCUGCAAGGUUACAAACGGCAUUCGAACCCGGCGCCGCCGGAUAUGCGAGUCCCUGACGCGGUGAUCACUGGGCACGCAUACGCUGCCAAUUGUUAUUCGUAUAAUGUAUCACCUGAGAUUCUGAGCGGGUGUAAUAUAAAGCCUUCCUUGCUGUUGCUUAAAACAAAAUUAAAUAUAGCACGUAUUAGUUACAAUUAUUUAUAAUCAAAAAUUAAAAUUAAUGAAAACAAGUCGAAAUCCAUGCUGUCUGCCUUUUUUAACCAAUAAAUAAGUUUUUUAAGUUGCAAAAAGGUAUUAUGAUACACAUACAGUUAGUACUGUAUAAAGUGUAUUUUCCUCCUCCCUCCCAUUUGUUUGUUUAUUUUUUUUCGUUUGUUUAUUUGUUUUUUACUUAAGUAAGCAGUACUGUGUAACGCAUGUAAGUGGUAUUCCCUGUUUCUUUUGUAAUAAAGUUUGUUAGAAUUUUGUUUUUAAACAGUGUUUUCACAUGACGCCACGGCGGCCAUAUUGCAUGGUAUCGCAAAACAAUGAAACGGCGGCCAUGUUGGUGUCCCAAACCAAUCCUGUAGGAGUUGAACUCUUUUCUUAUGCAAACGGUUUCUUUUGUUCCAAUGAAUUUGCAUAGACGCUGGCCACGUGAGUGAAAACACUCUAAAAAAGCGUUUUAAUUUUUUUAAGGUCAUUAGUUCUGGGUGUGGAGAUUGGGAAAGUGAUGAGUGACUCUAAAGAUUCUAAGGGAAGAAAAAUAAUUGUGUUGCUAUGUUUUUUUUUCUUUCAAUCACAAUUUCCAUUUUAGGUCUUCCAAUCUUCGCAACAGUUCCACCUUCACUGGCUUCACCGGCACAAGGUGCUACAUUUCAAGCAAAAUGUCAAGCUGAAGGAUAUCCUCGCCCCGUAAUAACCUGGAGUCGAUCGGUGUUGCCUUUACCUGCUGGCAGAACUGAGGUAAAUCAAGGUGCACUCACCAUUAAGAACUUAAGUCUCGCUGACAGUGGUUUGUACGAGUGCGUAGCAACUAACAUUAUGGGAACAAAGAAGACAAGGAUCAACGUGGUGGUGCAAAGUCGUUUACGUUCAGGUUUGCAUUAAAGGGGUUUAGAGUUGAUUCUCGGUGAUGAGGCAGAACGAAAGAAGUCAUUAAACAUGUAUUAAACAAGUCCAACUUAUUACGAUUUUUGAACUCACGAAAUGCCACCAGAGACCUUGAAAAGGCUUGCUAUCCUUAGUUCAGAUCCUACAAAUCGACCUUUACGUUGUACCUUUAUACUGGCUUGUUUUCUAUGUUCGCAGGUAUAGCAGUUUUCUUUUUAUUGACUUGAAGGGCACGUACAUUUGACUUGAAUUUUGUUUAUGAUUUUUUUUUACUUUUUCUUCAACCAACUGCGCAUGCUGUUAAUAUGUUUUAUGUUUUGGUGAGGCAAAUGCUAUAUUGCAAGACAUAAGUUCGGAAGUUCGGAUUUGAUUCUGAUCCUACUUGCUACUUCUUCUUACCUCCCACCUGCUUGUAUAAUUGACCUUUUCCAAUUUGUAUUCCUAGUUAUUUAUGGAGAAUUGAUACCAUCAUUUUUUCUAAUUUAAAUAAGCCCCCCUCCCCCCCUACAAAUCCACUUGAAAUAAAUAACCCCUGGGGGCUUACCUGAGGACUUAUUUUUCUUUGUUAUGACACUUUGAGUUCACAAAUCCUUUAGCAGGCUGCAGUAUACAUAAAAUCGUGUGUUUACAAUACUGUAAGUUACAUGUUGUACGUGCA